AUGUCUUCAGAAAUGCCCGACGUGGGACUGUUGGUGCUGUCUGCGCGUAAUUUGCCAUCGCUGAAGUCCUUGCUUGCCAAUGCUGCUCAGUCCGUUAAAUCACGUCUUUACAUCCGUGUCCAGGGACCAGAUUUAGAUGCAGUGCUACCAUCAGUUUACCUACACUCAUCUGUACUUUGUCCUCAAUUGGAUGUUCGUGUCCUUCUGGGCAGGAAAAUACCGAAGUCUGCUCACCUCAUUGGGGACGAGAAGCUGCAGGAUGUUCCCGUCACCCAAGGGAAAUACAAAAAGGUCGUAUUGGGAGGGACUUUUGACCGAUUGCACAAUGGUCACAAGGUUCUGCUUUCGAAAGCUGCUUUGCUAGCAAAAGAGAGCAUUGUUUGUGGAGUGACACACAAAGAGAUGAUUGAAAAAAAGUCCUUAUGGGAGCUGAUCGAGCCGAUCUCCGUCAGAGCCCGAGCAGUUGAAGAAUUCGUUUACGAUGUUGCUGAUACAGUCGUUUGUAUUGCCGAAGCGAUUGAGGAUCCUUUUGGUCCUUCUACCCGGAUACCAGAUCUAGAAGAAAAGAACUUGUCCCGGUUGGAUAUGGUUACGAUUGAUCUCUUGGAGGCAUACGAUGAGGUGAUCGACUGUGACAAAUUAGCCCACAAGUGCUAUGAACCAGGAAGCGAACUCAUUGAGGAGAUCGACAAGCAUUUCGAAGGUGUGGUCAAAGAUGGAGUUGUUGACAGGAAAGCUUUAGGAAAACUCGUUUUUGGUAACGAAGAAAAACUUCGAACAUUGUCCGGAUUAGUAUGGCCAGUUUUGUUGAAGAAAGUCGAAGCGAUUAUUGCAGCUUCAAAAAGUGAAGUUAUUGGUACGUUCCAGUGUUAA